AUGAAGGAAGUUCCUCAUGAUAUUUUGAGAACUUUUCAUUCUUCUUCGAUUGAUGAUUCAGACAAUUCAUUAGGCCAUAUAAAAAGUUAUAAAAGCAGAACUAAUGUUUGGUAUCAAAAGCUGAAUAUUGACAAUUCAUUUGUCAUUCAACAAACGCCUAAAACAUACAUGAGGGAAGCGAAAAAAAUCAAAAGUGGAUCGCAAACAAGACGAGAUUGGGCAUUAUGA